UUCCAGAUUGUGUUCGUUUUGGCUACUUUGUUGGCAUGUGCCUAUGCCAAACCCGGUGGCCCAGCUGCCUAUUCCAUUUCCGCACCCAGUGUGGAUCAUGCCUCCGUCGGACAAUCACAAGAACACACCGUCAAGGGUCAUUACGGCCAGUCAUCGCAAUCGGACUAUUCUAGUCAUGUACAAACUGCCCAUUCACAAUCGCAUGUACAACGUUCUAGCAUUAGCAAUGAUGCCGGUUAUGCUGCACCAGGUCAUGUAGUUGCUGCCGCCCCCGUAGCUCAUGCUAUUGCCGCGCCAGCCAUCAGUGUGGCCCAUUCGGCUCCUGCAUAUUCACAUGGCAUUUCAUAUGCCGCCGCCGCUCCAGCUAUUUCCCACGGUAUCAGUUAUGCUGCAGCUGCACCCAUCAUCGGACAUUCUAUUGGUCAUGCCUAUGCUGCCCCCGCCAUCCAACAUGGCCUGAGUUAUGCUGCUCCAGCUUAUGCUGGUCAUGGCUAUGCCGGUCUUGCUGGUUAUGCUAGUCAUUAUGCCGCUCCUGCCUAUGCUGCGUCACAUAGUUAUGUUGCUGCUGCCCCAGCCAUUAAAGUGGCUGCCGCUCCCGCCAUUG